AUCGGAUAAGACCAACCAAGCCAAUCCUUAGAAACCUAGAACCUUCGGUCACCCCUAUAAAUAGCAGCACAUCGUUGAUAACCUACACACAAACAAACCAAGAAGCUAGGCUUCCAUACUUGAGAGUCUGCGAGAGAAAAGAAAGAAAAAAAAAACGUGAGUGCGAGAGGGUGACGGAAGGAGAAGAAAAGCCGACCGUGGAGUGCCGGAGUUCGCCGGAGAAGGACGAACGUUGCAGAUCUCUGCCGAGCCAACCUGUUGCUGCCCACCGCCCGCCGCCGCGUCACCAAAACAUCGUAAAAAAAAAAAAGAUGAUGUGGUUUAUGAAGAUUGAUGCCUUGAGAGCGCUCCUAGAAGACUUUUAGAGUAGUCACAUUUAGAAUAAACAUUGUUAGAUUUUAUUAUUACAAAUGUUGAAUUGAAUAUUUCUUUAGAUACAUUUUUGGUGGAUAGCCUUAGCAUCCAGUCGGUUUAGGGCUGGAUGUGGCGGUAACACACCCCGUUUCUUUGUUAUUGUUUAAUUCCGCUGCAAACAAAUUGAAAGUUUUGAAUAAUUAAUAAAGUUUAUUAUUUCUU